GAAACCCUUCCAGUGUCUGGAAUGUGGGAAGAGCUUCAGGAAACGCUCCAACCUCAUCCGACACCAGCUUAUCCACACUGGGGCACGGCCCUACACGUGUCAGGAAUGUGGGAAGAGCUUCAGGAACAGCUCUGACAUGAUCCGACACCAGCACAUCCACACUGGGGCACGACCCUACACGUGUGGGGAAUGUGGAAAGAGCUUCGGUGACAACUCCAACCUCCGCACUCACCAGCGCAUCCACACUGGGGAACGGCCCUACACAUGUGGGGAGUGUGGGAAGAGCUUCAGUGACAGCUCCUACCUGAACCAACACCAGCGCAUCCACACUGGGGAACGGCCCUACAAAUGUAGGGAAUGUGGGAAGAGAUUCAGGGGCAGCUCCCACCUGAUCUGACACCAGCACAUCCACACCGGGGAAUGGCCCUACAAGUGUAGGGAAUGUGGGAAGAGCUUCGGGUACAGCUCGCACCUGAUUCGCCACCAGCGCAUCCACACUGGAGAACGGCCUUAUGUAUGUGAGGAAUGUGGGAAGAGCUUCAGGAGCAGCUCUAACCUGAUCCAACACCAGCGCGUCCACACUGGAGAAGGGCCCUUCACGUGUGGGGAAUGUGGGAGCAGCUUCAACCAGAGGCUCCAGCUCGUCACCCACCAGCGCAUCCGCACUGGAGAACGGCCCUACAAGUGCUUGGAAUGUGGGAAGAGGUUUCAGCGCAGCUCACAUGUCCUCCAGCACCAGCGGACACACACAGGGGAGAGGCCCUUCCACUGCACCGACUGUGGGAAGAGCUUCAACCAGAACUCCCACCUUGUCACCCACUGGCGCAUCCACACAGGGGAGAAGCCUUACAAGUGUGGGGAGUGUGGGAAGAGCUUCAGCCAGAGCUCUACCUUGACCCAACACCAACGGACCCACCAGUAAGGGAAGAAGCUCUGUGAGUGCCCCGACUGCAGGAAGAGCUUUG